AUGAGCGUCAAUCAGUGUCUCCCUAGGGCCCACACCAUCAAGGAGCAGGGGACAACCCAGCAGGUCAUCCUGGAGAAAAUAGCCAUCCUCCACCCUCACUAUAAUCCUAAGAACUUCUCCAAUGACAUCAUGUUACCACAGGGGACAAAAACUCCUGGAGACUCCGGGGCCCCCUCACGUGUAACAACAGGCCCAGGGAAUUUUCUCCUGUGGAGAAAAAAACCUCCAGGAGUCUUCAUGAACGUCUCAUACUUCCUCCCCUGGAUACAGAGAACAAUGAAGACCCUUUAA